AUGCAAUUCAUUUAUGUUUUACCUGGGUGGGAAGGUUCUGCAGCUUAUGGUAGAAUACUCAGAGACGCCAUUAGUAGAAAAAACGGUUUAAAUGUUCCACAAGGGUGUUACUACUUAUGUGAUGCUGGAUACACGAAUGGAGAGGGAUUUCUUGCACCAUAUAGAGGUCAAAGAUACUACUUGAAUGAUUGGAGAGAAAGACACCAACCUACCACCCCUCAAGAAUAUUUCAACAUGAAACAUUCUCAAGCUAGGAAUUGCAUUGAGAGAUGUUUUGGCAUACUGAAAGCGAGAUGGGGCAAUUUUAAGGGAAAAAUCCUUUUAUCCAGUGAAAACACAAUAUUGUUUCGAAGAGCAAUAUGUCAACAUCAAAUAUGGAAUCUCAAAGGGGGGGGGGGGAAACCGACAUCUAGAAAGGGUAAGUCUUUAGUAACUAAAAGGACAUGGACUAAAGAGAAUGAUGCUGCACUUGUUGAAUGUUUACAUAUUUUGGCUGAAGACCCACAUUGGAAAGCUAAUAAUGGAACAUUUAGAUCAGGUUAUUUAUCUAAUCUUGAAAAGAUGUUAGAAAUCAAGCUUUCGACAUCACAAAUUAGGGCCCAUCCACAUAUUGAAUCUAGAGUUAAGCUACUCAAAAGACAAUACAAUGCUUUAUCUGAAAUGUUGAAUAUUGGAAGUGGAUUCGGUUGGAAUGAAGAAGAAAAAUGUUUAACUGUACCAAAGGAUGUGUUUGAUGAUUGGGUUAGAAGUCAUCUAACUGCUGCUGGAUUGAGAAACAAGUUAUUUCCAUUCUUUGAUGACUUUGUUCAUAUAUUUGGAAAAGAAAGAGCUACAGGAACAGCAGCUGAUGCAGAGGAACAUAUUGAUGUUGAAGACAAUGCAUUUAUAGAUACAUUACUUGAAGAAGAUGGAGUAAGAGAUUCUGAAUCAAGAGAGGAUGUUGGUGCUUCAACUUGCCAAACAUCUGAUGCUACUGCCUCUACCCCUACAAUGAAAAAAAUAGCUAGCAAGAAAAGGUCUCGAAGUGAUGAUGGGUUAACCGAGCUUGUACAGGAGAUAAGUAAGUUCGGUGUUGCAUACCGAGAAACUACCAAAGAAAUUAAGGAUAUUACUGCUUUAUUGAAAAAUAAGGCAGAAGGAAAUGAUCGAAGAAUGUCGAUUUUCAUUGAAAUCAUGAAAAUUGAAGGCAUGUCCACUGAUGAAAUGCUUACUGCAGAAGAGUAUAUUAGCAAAGAUGCGCACAAGUAUAUGACUUGCAAGUAUUGUGCUAGUUUUCGAAUAUGUUAA